GACUACUGCUGAACAGUAUACUUGCAGAAGACUUUAUGUGUUUCAGCAUGUCCAAAACACAGUUUGUCAUCCUUCUUGUUCUCCCAGCUCUAGUCUCUGUUGCUGAAGGGAUUAAGAUUGAAUUCCCAGGAAUUGCUCCAAAAAUAUCUGGCUGCAUUAAUGUCAAGUGCGCCAUGGAGAUAAACAAAUGUACAAAUGAUCAUGGGACAGAUUUAACAGUCAAACUCAAAGGUUGCAUUGCAAGUAGAUGUAAACAGGCUAUGAGCUCAUGUAUGGAAUGGAUUAUUCAAGCAGUUUUGAGUAUACAACAAGCAUCUUUAGCCCACAUUCCAGAGCAAUUCAGUUCCCUCAAGACUCUUACCUACCUCAUGAAGACUUUUGGAAUAAAUUCAUAUCUUCAUUGCUGGCAACAUUCAGACCUUCAGAAAUCCUCACAGAUAACUGAAUGUCUCAUUGAAAAAGCACAGCCUUAUGUAACUUCUGCCAUAAAGCCAUUCUUCAGGAAACCAGAUUUUGUAUCAUGUUGGUUAUCCCAAGUACUAAGAAGAUAUUUUAGCUGCUAUGACUUCAUUGGUGAAGAAUACUUUUCUUCAGUUCAACAAAAGUUUGAACAAAUGACUGAAACACAUUUUCCAGAAUUUGCUCUCUGUAUGAUGAACCUUGCAAAGUACUGGAAUGAUGGGUGUGGAGAAAUGUACACACACAUUUAUGGUUUGACACCGACCGAGCAGACAAAAUAUAAAGACCUGAUAACCUGUGUCAUUGACAAUAUGAUAACAGCUACAGCGGCUUGCAAUUGAACAUAAAGGAACUCAGAGACCAGAUUCAUUAAAGAUUUAUGAUUAAUUCCAUGUCGACAUCCCUGUACAUUUAUAUCUGCUGAAAUCUUCUCCUUUUUUAUUUUUGACCUGUGGAAUAUCUAAUGGAGAGUUCUGGCAAACUUGCCAUAAAUUCGCCACUCAUUAUUUUCACAUGUAAAUGAGCUUUGCGGCAAACUUUUCAUCGCCACCAAACUUCUGGCAAACAUUUGCAGCGAAUCGCAAGCUCAUUUGCAUGUGAAAUAAUGAGUUGGAAAUCUGAGGCAAAUUUUUUGUUAGAGUGUGAUUUUUAAAAAUUGGUGAGGAUUUCUUCAAAAGCCUAUUUCUGUGGGGUUUUAAAGUAAAUGUUAAUACAACAAGUGGUAGCCUAUGGUAUUUUCUAUGUAUGUUACGUAUGUUAUGUUGCUUACAUGUUAUACACUAUAUAAUAUAUGAUAUAUAAUUAAUAGAUCAUUUAUACAACAUGUAUUCAUUUAUAUAGACUAUAUGUGAAAUAACACAAAUAAAUAUGUACUUACACAGUAUACAGUAUGUGCUGUAUAUACUGUACAUCUACAUGUGUGUGUAUAUAGUUAUAGUAUGCUGUGUAUGUCAAGUUUAAAUAUGGCAACAAUGUACUGAGUCAAG